CUAACCAGCUCUCCUCCGUCACCGCCAUUUUUGCUCCUCCGAUUUUCGUCGGCCAUGGCCUCUUCUCCGUCUUCCUCCCUUGCGUCCACGCUCUCGAAUUCCCCAUUUUGCCCCUACCCUCCCUCCAAAUUCUCGUCCCCGCUCGUCUCCUUCUCCCGCGCCCUCCGGCCGCUCCCUUCCCUGCUCGACGCCGCCCGCCGGCACCGCCCUCGGGGAAGGGCGGCGGCGGCGGCGGCGGCGGUCCGAGCUCAGACGCUCGACUUCUCCGGCACCUUCUUCGAGGGCGGGCUGGGGUCCGACGACGACCCGGGGUCCCCGCCCGGGUCGGGCGCGACGGCGGUGGAGGACAGGGAGGAGCCCCAGUGCCCGCCCGGGCUUCGGCCGUACGAGACCAUGGCGGUCUUGAGGCCCGACAUGUCCGAGGACGAGAGGCUCGCGUUGACCCAGAAGUACGAAGAGCUGCUUGUUGCUGGAGGCGGAAUGUACGUUGAGGUUUUCAACAGAGGUGUGAUUCCAUUGGCCUACAGCAUCAAGAAGAAGAACAAAGCAGGGGAAUCUAACACCUACUUGGAUGGUAUCUACCUUCUCUUCACCUAUUUCACCAAACCCGAGUCUAUUGAGACUCUGGAGGCGACCCUGAAUACUGAUGAUGACGUAAUCCGAUCAUCUACCUUCAAAAUAAGGAAGAGGAAGUAUUAGUUUCUUUUGUAAAAUCACAGGUCUCUCGCCAGAGGUGGAAAGGAGGCGAAAUUCUUGCAUGCGACCAAUUUUACUUAUGGUUCUGCUUUUGCAAAUAUUGCGGUCCGGCGUUAUAGCUUCUUCUUUCCUAUUUUUUUUCACCCUUUUCUGCUGUAGGAUAAUCCGGUUGGUAGAGGUGGGCUGGUGAGCAUAUCCGUGGCUUGUAUGUUGUGCCCUGAAGCUUUGUAAAAGAGCAGUUCCUGGAAAUUAUCUUGCAUUUUCCUUGGUUAUUUGAAGCUCUUGUGGGAUGUUCUCUCCCCCUUCUCUCUC